AUGGACUUGUCUGACGUUUGGUUUGAUGGCGAGGGGGAGGAGGAGGAGGAGGAGGAGGAGGAGGAGGAGGAGAGGAGGGGGGAGGCCACGGGGAGCGCACGGCAGCUGGGGGAGGGGGGUGUCGUGGUGGGACGUUUGUGGACCAGCCCACAUUGUCUGCGGAGAGAACUCAGCCACAAGCAGAACAAGCAGAGAGCUCUGCUCUUACGCCACCUGCUGUACAGCGUCAGUAUUGGAGAGAUUUAA